GGCCCCUGUAGGCAGGGCCAUGCGGCUCUCGCUUCACGUAACGAUUUGAUCACGGCUGCCAAGCUACCUAGGUAGGUAGGUAGGCCGCCGCCUUGCAGAUCCACUCCCGAUGUAUCUCUGGUCAUUUGGGCCACCGCAAGGUGUGGGCCAUACAGAUUGCACUGCACAAUCACACUCCCGGUUCGGCAAUCAUCGUCACAACGCCGGGCCGCAAAUCCCUCGUCACUGCAUGGCUACAGCCAGUGAGAGGGCGUGUGGAUCCCGAAGGACCAUGCAUUAGCGGCCGAUCACUCUUGUAACACGAAACAUGAUCAAUGAGCUCUCGCCAGCAUAAAUGCUGAGCCUCGCCGCAAUCUUGCGCACACUCCGCCCUCACAGCAACAACAUCGAGAGACCUCUCUGGUUCCCAUCUUAUUUACGGCGUCUUUCGUUGGCCACGGCAACAUCAGAACGCCACCGCGCGCAGCAAGCCACCCAAAACACGCCCAAAACACACAAAAGUUGUCCAAAUCAACAAAACCGACGAAAUGACGGCGGCACUCAUCCAACAUGCGCAGAACGUCGCCCGCCAAGCCACGACAACAACAACGACAACAGCCACGCCCAAUCUCGGCGGCCUUCAGCUGGUCUCAAUCGGUGCCCUUGUCGGCGGGAUCGUCGGUGGUGUGCUGGGGGGUAUCCUUCUUUUCGGUCUGAUCGCAUGGUUGAUCAUCGCGAAACGACGCAAGUCGAAGGCGCGAGAGGCCAGCCUCAAGCAACCUAUCUGAACAAAUUGACGAAGAAGAGAAGAUCUGCUCAACAUGACCUUAUGGAGUUACUAGGGAAUCGCGAUGCGGCUAUCGGCAGAAACCUGGGACAUUGAGAUAUGUACUUAAUAUGAAACGAAGAACGUCCUCGUCUAUCCGUCCCAGUGUUUGACUUGCCUUAUAUCUUCUUCCGUUUCUCUUCAUGC